AUGAAUGAGAUCUUACGCCGCCCUGGUUAUCUCAACGCAGGGGCGGGCGGACAGCGUCUGAGAGCACUCUAUCAAGAUCAGUCGAAAGGAUUUGAAUGCAAUUUAUUACAUGAUUUUGCGCUCUCGUGCUAUUUGGGCCAAGCUGCGGUAGACUCGGAGGCAAUUCAGCGAGGGAUUGCUCCAGACCUCACUCAGACAGAGACUCCGUACAAAUUCGGCUACUGCACCUUCGUCGUUGCUGGCGCCCAACGCGCCGAGUCUGGUGACAAGGACUACCCCGCCACGAUGCGCACGCUCCUUUCUAUGGGUCGUCCACCAGACGCGCCCGACAUCGUCGGACUCACCGCAUUGCACCAUGCCACGCAGAAUCCCGCAGGUUGUGCGCUGGAACUCGGGCGUAUCCUAUUGACCUCGGGGGCGAAUGUCAAUUUCCAGAACCGCUAUGGUGAGGUCCCCCUCAUGGGUCCGUGCCAGAAUAAUACAAUCGAUGCGAUCGAACUCCUGAUGGAGUUCAACGCGGACGUCGACAUUAAGGAGGCGGAUGGGUUAUGCAUCAGGGAUAUGUACCUGAGGAUGGGUCUGCAGGUAACCGCGUCGAUCACCAAGUGGCUCAGGAAGCGCACGGGUGAAGAGUUGCCCAUGACAGAGAAGAAAUGUGACUCGUGCGGGAAGAAAACUGCAGCGCAUGGAUCCCUUAAGAUCUGUUCCAAGUGUCACGCAGUGCGGUACUGCUCCCUGGAGUGUCAGCGCUCGCAUUGGCCAACGCAUAAGCGGACGUGUUCGCCAUUCACCACCACGAAUUCUGUGACAGUGCGCCCGAAUUACCGUGCGAUGACCCAGUCGCCCAUCUCGACCGCCUACGCGACGCGCGUUGCGAUGGGCAUACCUUCACCGCCACCACCCGGUACUGCUAGACCACGCGCAGGUGCGUGCGCACCGCGCUUGUGUCCAGGUGAAGUCAAGGCGAUGAUCAUUAAGGUCCAGCUACCGCAAAAGCUGUUUGGCAUGGAGACCGGCAGCACGCUCAGCGGGGACUUGAUGGUGUACAACAAAAAGCGCGAUUUUUUGUGCACGCUCACGAAGGCGGAGAAUCCGGGAAGCUAUGCGCGGUUGUUUGAAGUCGUGAAAGAGAAAGGCGUUGGAGGUUGCAAGGCAUAUUUUCCCGCGGAGCUGAGAGCUCAGUAUGAGCUGGUGAUAAAGGUCGGGGAGGUUCUUGCUGAGCAGCCAUUCUAA